CUCGACAACAACAUCGACCCCAGCACAAUGCCGGCGACACUGACGACGGCGUACAUCUCAAUAGGCGCAAAUCGGUCGUCGUCCGGCUCGGCCUGCUCCUCGAGCGGCAUCUUCGCCUACGCGGCCGACAACACCGUUGCGCUCUGGGACUCUAACGGCGCAAGCGGGGUAUACACGACGCUCUUGGGACACAAGGGGCACGUUACGACCGUUAAGGUUGUGAGCGAGCACAAUGGCCGCGUCGUGUUCGUGUCGGGCGACAGUGUUGGCGGCGUGCGGCUGUGGACCGAGGGCGAUGGGCGACAGUUCACGUGCACAGCGAGCUUUACUUCGCAUGAAGGCGCGUCCGUCUCGGCCCUGGCCGUGCUCCCUACGCGCGCGGGCGAGCCGGUCGAGCUGCUCACGGGCGACUCGAGCGCCAACGUCAAGCGGUGGAGGAUAAGCGGCUCCGGGGAGGCGAAGCACGUCGAGAGCCUCGAGAUGAAGGGCCGCCUCCCGCUCGACAUGGAGGUGGCGCUGCUCCCUGGAACGACUCAGCCGGUGCUCGUUAUCGGCGCGACGGACCGCAAGGUCCAGAUCUGGACGGUGCAAGACGGCGAGUUCAAUCUCGUCACUUGGCUCGAGGGGCACGAGGACUGGAUCAGGUGCUUGAGCCUCACGACAUACCCUUCCCUCGAUGGGACGAGUACCGACCUGCUGCUUGCCACUGGAUCGCAGGACAACUAUAUCCGCCUGUGGCGCAUCACGCCGGCCGUGGCCGCCGACGAGGGCCUGGAUAUCCUCGACGAGUUUGAGCGCCGCCUCGGCGGCGAGGACGGCAGCGUGCUCUCCACCAAGGCGCACGUUCUGUCCGUGGAGGAGGGAGGCAAGGCGCUCAAGUUCAACAUCACCCUCGAGGCCCUGCUAGUAGGCCACGAGUCGGGCCUGACCAACGUGCACUGGUCGCCCGCGACGCCCGACUCGCCAGCGACGCUGCUCAGCUCGGCGUCGGACAACUCGCUCGUCAUCUGGGCGCCGACGGCGGGCGAGCACACGCGCGACGGUAUCUGGGUGCCCGAGCACCGGUUCGGCGCGUUCGGCGGGCGCGGGCUCGCGUUCUUCGGCGCAGUGUGGGGCCCGCGCGGGGACAGCGUCCUCACCACCGGCUGGACGGGCGGCGUCGAGCGCUGGGUGCGCUCUGCCGACGACGACGGCUGGGUGCCCUCGUCGGCCGUCACGGGCCACUUUGGCCCCGUGCAGUCGGUCGCGUGGGACGCGAACGGCGACUACAUCGUCUCUGCGAGCGCGGACCAGACGUCGCGUAUCCACGCGGCGUGUGCCCCGUCCGGCUCGAAAACCCGCGUCUGGGGAGAGAUUGCCCGUCCCCAGAUCCACGGGUACGACCUGGUCGACGCAGCGUUCAUCACGCCGCUGCGCAUUGCGUCAGCCGCCGAAGAAAAGGUGCUGCGCGUGUUUGACGCAACUGAGGGGUUCGCCGCGAGCCUGAAGGGGCUCGGCGUGCGCGACCUCCCAGAGGAGCGCAUCACCCAGCUGCCAAAGGGCGCGACGGUGCCCCCGCUCGGCCUGUCCAACCGCGCGCUCGGCGCCGCAGCCGAUCUCGAGGCGGUCGGCAAGCUGCACGUGUCGAACGAGGCGCGCGACUCGGUGUCGGCGGCGCUGACCGUCCUCCCGACCGAGGAGGAGCUCGGCACGUCGACGCUCUGGCCCGAGAUUGAGAAGAUCUACGGGCACGGGUACGAGCUGUCGACGCUGGCCGCGAGCCACGCCGGCGAGUAUGUCGCGACAGCGUCGCGCGCCAGCUCGGCCGAGCACGCGGCCGUGCGCGUCGUGUCCACGGCCAACUGGGCGCUCGCGGCCACGCUCCUGGGUCACAGCCUGACGGUCACACGCAUCGCGUUCAGCCCCGACGACACGCUCCUGCUUACCGUGUCCCGCGACCGCUCGUGGCGGCUGUUCGCGCGGGAUGGCGCGGGCUUCGUGCCCGCCGCCGCUGAGGAACGCGCACACGCCCGCAUGGUCCUCGACGCGGCGUGGUCGCCCUCUGGAGACCGCUUCGCGACCGCAAGUCGUGACAAGAGCGUCAAGGUGUGGGCGCGGAGUGGCGGCGCAUGGGCCGUGGCCGCUACCCUCAAGCUCGAGCAGCCGGCAACGGCUGUCGCGCUCACCUCGAGUCCUGCAGGCGGGGACAUCUUGGCGGUUGGCACCGAGGCAGGCGGCAUCGAGGUCUACGCCGUCGCGGCAAGCGCAAUCACGCCGCUCGCGGCCGUCCCAGCAGCGCAGGCACACGCCGGCGCAGUCUACCGGCUCGCAUGGCACCCCAGCAGUCUGACGCUCGCGUCGGCGGGCCACGACCGCGCCGUGCGUGUCUUCACGCUCGCACUAUAG